CCUCCAAUUCGUCGCGCGCAACCCGUGUCCGUCUCCCCAGGCCGAGCGAAAGCCACUCCGGCCGGUGUUCCUUUUUACAUCCGCAUCCGUGAAAGUGAGCGAGUCGUCCGCCCACCGAUCCGAUCUGUCUUUGGUGUGUUUCCCCGCCGCCGACCGCCGACAAUUUCCACACACAUACUCCGAUCCCUCCCCCGGGAAAAUCGCCAUGAUCUGCCGAACGUGUUUGCGCCGGGCUUCCGGCUUCGCCAGCCCUGCCGCUGCCGCCGUCACCAGGCCCAUGGUUGUCGCUACUUCGCGCGCCGCCUUCAGCACCACUUUCAGCGUGCGCACUCCUCCCGCAGCGACCCCCGCCGCCGCCGCACCAGCAACUUCCACAGCCGAGGCCGGCCUCGCACCAGUACCAGGAGCCGCGACGACAGAACAACCCAAGGCGUCGAUCUCGUCCUGCCCGGCAGGCACCAAGCUUAACGGUCUCAACUAUUUCAAGAACAAGGCGGAUCCCGUAGCGCUGCCAGACGAGGAGUACCCAGAGUGGCUCUGGAGGUGCUUGGAGGUGCAGAAGAAGACGGACGAUGCUGCUGAUGCGGACGCCGGUGAUGAGUUCUCCAAAUCCAAGAAACAGCGUCGCCUAGCCAUGAAGCGCGCGCGCGCCCAAGAGGCCAAGCUGCUCGCCUCGGGCGACCUCGAGGCCCUGGCGCCCAAGAUCCCGCUACAGAAGCAGUCGGUCAACCUUCCUGGAGCUGUGAACGCGGGCGUGGCGGACGCGGUGGUGGCGGACGAGAAGCGGGAGGAGCUGCGCAAGGCGAUGCGCAAGGAGCGCAAGGCUAAGAUUAAGGAGAGUAACUACCUUAAGGCUAUGUAAGCGUGAGCAGUUCAAGGGGUUCUGCUGGUGGUGGUUUGAGAGGACAAGGGACGAGGGAGGAGGAGGAGGAGGAGGAGGAGG